AUGAACCACACAAUGAUCACAGAGUUUAUCCUUCUAGGUCUUUCUGAUGAUCCUGACCUUCGGAUUAUGAUUUUCCUCUUUUUAUUUAUCACAUAUGUAUUAAGUGUCACUGGAAACCUGACUAUCAUCACCCUAACCUUGGUAGACUCCCAUCUACAGACACCUAUGUACUUCUUCCUCCGAAACUUCUCUUUCUUAGAAAUCUCCUUUACGACUGUAUGCAUUCCCAGAUUUCUGGGGGCAAUUAUCACCAGGGAUAAGACUAUUUCCUAUAACAAUUGUGCAGCCCAACUAUUUUUCUUUAUUUUCAUGGGGGUGACUGAAUUUUACAUUCUAACUGCCAUGUCUUAUGAUCGCUAUAUUGCCAUCUGCAAGCCCCUUCAUUAUACAACCAUCAUGAACAGGAAACUCUGCACCCUUCUUGUGCUGUGUGCCUGACUGGGUGGGUUUCUGACCAUCUUCCCUCCUCUUUUGCUUCUCCUCCAGCUGGAUUACUGUGCUUCCAAUAUCAUUGAUCACUUUGCAUGUGACUACUUUCCCCUUUUACAACUAUCAUGCUCAGAUACAUGGCUUCUAGAAGCAAUUGGUUUUUACUUCGCUUUGAUUACUUUGCUUUUCACUUUGGCAUUAGUGAUUUUAUCUUAUAUGUACAUUAUCAGAACUAUUUUGAGAAUCCCAUCUAGCAGUCAGAGAAAAAAGGCUUUCUCCACUUGUUCCUCUCACAUGAUUGUUAUUUCCAUCUCUUAUGGAAGCUGCAUGUUCAUGUAUGCUAAUCCCUCUGCAAAAGAGAAGGCAUCAUUGACCAAAGGAGUAGCUAUUCUCAAUACCUCUGUUGCCUCCAUGCUGAACCCCUUCAUUUACACCCUGAGAAACCAGCAAGUAAAACAAGCCUUCAAAGAUGUGGUCCAUAAAGUAGCAUUUUCUGCAAAUAAAUGA